AAGCAGCUGACAUUUUAGUAUCAAAUUUUGCCACUAGAUGGUGAUGUUUGAAUAUGAGAAGAGCCACAAGUGCCUUGAAUGUUGCUUUGGCUGUGUGUGUUAUCAAGUCCACUUAUGUUGGUGCAGGUUUUGGAGAAUGUUCAGGUAGAGUAUAGGGUAUGAGCAAUUCAAAGUUAAAUGAGUUUUAGAUAUUCAAAAUUAUGUAAUCUAUUGUGUGUAUCUAAUUGUUAAGACAUGGCUUCAAAAGCACUAGUAUGAAAGUAUCACUUUCAAGGCUAAAUCAUCUCACUGAGAUGCCCGUAGUACAUACAUGUCCUUCAGGGUGCAGCAUUAGACAACCUUUGUUUUUACCCCGUAUAUAAAGAGAGCAAAGGGCCGGUCACAUCACCGUCACACCAAGGUACACAAUGCCUAGUGCAGUGUAAGCAGUUGGGUGAGCAGAGAGCCAGGGCUGUGGUGUGUGGAAAAUGCUAGUGGAGGCAGACAAUGCACUGGUCCGAGGCCUGACCAGCCCUCAGAGGGACAGGGGUCGCCUCACUGCGACAACAGCCCCCGUCUCCCUCCCUUCUUUUUCUUUUUUUGAGCUCCACAGCAUGGGCUCGGGGAGGACGCUGAAGUUCGCCCUGUGCGAGGUGCUGCAGUUUGCAGGCCUGUGCGUGCCACUCUUCAUCGUCAUGCAGAGGUUCGCCAUUAUCGUAGCUAAGGUCAAAACGUCGGCGCAGCCCCCCGGAGAUGGCAGCACGGCCUACUGGUUGAUCGUGGCCUCAUCCAUUGCUUAUGUCACCUCCACCGCCCUGCUGGUCUGGGUACCCAUGAAGUAUAUGGUGUUCAUGAAGAAGAAGUUUCUCAUUGGGAGAAAGAAGUGGAGGCCUGUGGCCCUCGUUUAUGUGAUCCUGUCCACAUUACCCUGCUUUGCCUUUCUCAUCGCCAGCUCUGAGGUUCAGAUAAAUAACAACAUGAAACAUGAUACGUUCACGGAGCUCCCUGUAUCACUAGUCCUCUUCUCUCUCAUCUGUAUUGAUGUUGUGGAGAGGAUACGCCACUGCAGACUGACGGGCCAGGCUAACGACAUGGAGAGAGAUGCUGACAUCCCCUCCACUGUCCUCACACACGUGGAACAGGUAAACCCAGUAGCACCUAUCUCUCCAGCUGCGCCAGGGCCAGCUGUGCCUGGGCAAGUUGCGCCAACUCCUAUGCAACCGGGAGCAAGCCAGCACAAUGACAGGAACCAGAACGGAGCAGGGGCUCGUCCAGAGACCAACGGGACAGUCCCGGGGAUACCAGGUAAUCCUGGGAGACCAUUUAGCAUCUCUGGAUUGAGUUCACGAUCAGCGAGCACCACAGCAUAUCGCAUAUCUCCAUACGCCUACACUGGUCCACUAAGAUUCCUGUGUGCCAGCGACGCCCGAGCGGACGUGUUUGUGGACAGCUUUAUGUUCUGGAUGGACACAGUGGAGAUGGUGAGGGUGGCAGGACAUCCCCUUGUCUACUACUCAGGUUGGGUGUUCCCCAUCUACAUCUUCAGCUACCUGUCUUGCCUGCGUGUGGUGGUCAUGCCCCACAGCCCGCUGCUUUCCUCACUAGGAGUGGCUGUGCAGGACUUUCCCUUCUUCUUUGUGCGCGUUGGCCUCAUUGCCUUCUUUGGCUUCGUCACACCGAUCCUCUAUCUGAUGAAGAACCUGCUGGUCUGCCUGGCCUUUGUCUAUUUCAACUUCAUGACCAGGCUGAGGGUCUUCAACACAGAGAGGAUGUUCUUUUGAGACCAGCACUUUGAGCAAAGACAGUGCAACAUUAACGCAAAGUAGGAGCAGUAGGUCUGCACAAAGGAUGCUAGGAUUCAGGAGGUGGUUGCACCAGCUUUCUGUAAGUUCAAACUUAGACUAGUUCUCAAGUAACUCAAGUGUUUAUUUAGGGGACAUUCACCUAAUUAAACUGGGUUUUGCCACAAAUCAAGAUUUUAAGAAGAGACUUGUUUCUAAAUAGUUCCACCCAGUAACUGACAGUGGUAUUUUACUUACUGAACUAACUGUAACAACUAACAUUGGCUUGCCAAUACAUGAUAUGUUUACAGUGAGAGUAAUAUUAUUAAUAAUAUAAUAUAAUUAGUAUGGUUGACACAUUUGAGAUGACCCAUGAAAGAAGGCUGGUUAAAAAGCACGUCAUGAAAUUGCAUUACAAACAAAACUAAAAACCCAUACUUCUCCAUGAAGUGUUAUAUAUAUACAAAUUAAUAAUUACAAAAUUUACAAAUGGUUGGCUAUUGUGUUAAUUGCAUAGGUGCGGAUUUUAAGGUGCAUGUGAAUUUGUCCCCAAUACUACGGCCUUGGUUUAAUGCAUCAUUUGUCGCCCUAAAACUAUUAUAUUUCUUCGUUAUGUUCCUAUUCACUACAGUGAUUUGUUUACUUGUUGAUUUAUGAUAAGAUGGUGAUACAGAUGUUUCCACCAACCAAUGAACAAAUUAUUUAAGUCCUCUCUAGCUAGACAUUUCUUAAAUUUCAAUGGUGCAACCCAAUUUAUUAAGUAGUAGUCACCAACUGACAGAACUAACAUUAUGACGUUAUGACCUGUUUAGAGUGAGGAGGUAAUGUGUCAACACAUUUGACAUACAACUUAAUAAACAAUGCUUUUUAAUAAUGACGUAAACACUGAAAAUUACAUUCCACAAAGAAAUGUUUUACAAAAUGUCACAACAGCAAGAUUAGUAGUAGCCUAUCCGACUUGUUUUCAUGCACAUUGCUACUUUAAUUUACUCUGAAACACAUGUAUCUCCACAUAUUAAAAAAAUCAAAGUAGCAUUAACAUUUACAAAGGAUAAGUAGAUCUUACAGUGAUACAGUGACCUCCUGUGUACACAGAUGGACUGAUAUUGGACUGAACCACAAGUAUUUCCCAACACAUUUUUUUACACAUUACACUCUAAAACAUUUCUUCAAGUUCUAAUGGUUCAUCCCAGUUUAGAAAAUGACAUGUUAGAAAGUAGCUGAGAGCUGUGCUGAGUGAUGGAUUCAAGAAUAGCUGGUGUAACAUAACCACAGUAUGAAUUUGUGUGUGCGACAAAAAAAGAGAUAUAUUGUUAAAAUGCAUGAUGGUACUUUUCACAGGCCAAAAGGGAGCAAUGUUUUCCCACAUUGUGUGUCAAAUGACUGUUGUGUUAUGUAUAAUUUACCUCUAUGUAAAAACAUACUUUUUUACCCUCACCAUGCAUGGCACUUUGGGAAUGUACCUGUAAUGUCAUUUGAGAGUUUAUAGCAGAAUUUUUUUUACUAUCAUAAAGUGCAGUGAAUGUGUAAAAGCAUAAAUACAUGUUGUUUAUAUUAGGUUUUUCUUUGCUCAGUUAUAUCCACAGAAGAAAAACAAAGUGUGAGUUUGUA